AUGUUUCGUUCUGCUUUACGAGCGGCCACGGCUGCUGCAAGAGCAUCCCGCUGGAAACAAGGGCAACUUUCAACGCACAUAGCUCGUCGACAAGCACCGCUUCCACUCAAUCGUCCGUUCGCUUCAGCUUCUCUUCCCCAGAGAUGUCCACAAUGCUCUGCGCCGCUACCGACUUCAUUACCUGCGUGUCCCAAGUGCCAGUACAUCAGCGGGGUCCCAUCUUCAGCCUCUUACUAUGAGUUGCUAGGAUUAGAGCUUGGAUCUAAUCCGUUUUCCGUGGAUACGGCCAGCCUGAGGCGGAACUUUCUGCAGGCCCAGAGAGUUUGCCAUCCGGACACUUGGUCCGGCCAACCUAGGGAAAAGAAGGACCUAGCGGACCAUAUGUCUUCGCUCAUCAAUGAGGCGUACAAGACCCUCUUGGAUCCCCUGCGAAGAACUCAAUACCUCCUGAAGCUGAAAGGACAUGAGACGUCAGAGUCGGAUCAGCUAGAUGACCCUGAAUUGAUCAUGGAAGUUAUGGAAGAACGGGAGCAACUGGAGGAAGCGACCGAGCAAGACCAAGUCGAUGAGAUCAAGGCUCGUAAUCUGGACAAAAUCAAAGAACUCGUUGGAGAAAUCGAACAGUUGGUGGGAGUUGAAGAUUGGGAGGAGGUGAAGAAGGCUGCUGUAAGGCUUAAAUAUUUGCAAGGAAUCCACGACGCUGCACAGGCUUGGCCAAAUUCUCACUUUGACCACUAGACUUGUAUUGCAAUGCAUGUAUUAGUUUGAUUCUCCAUGCCUAAUGGGCCCACCGUAGUACUAGUAGUGUCGUAUCAAGCUCGUACUCACCGAGUGCGUUCCCGC